CCUGGGUUUCCUUCAUUAUGCCUUCAAAAGCAGCAGGGUCUCUAUAGUCUUAGCACAUCCAAACAGAAAAUAGAACAAAUUGAUCUGCAGAGAAACAAAGUUGCCAAGCAACCCAAAUAUACAGCCCCAUCUGGUGGUGCAAAAGAAAGUCUAAAUUCUACACAAAAAAACAGAGACAGAGAAAGGAAAAUCAUGGCUUUGCGUGAAAUGCUUUUGCAACAACUGCUGCUGCUGCUGCUUGGGUUGAUAAUUUUAGCAGCAACAGAAGCAUCUCAACCCAAUUCGAACUGCGAAAGGAGCUGUGGAAGUGUUAGCAUCCCUUACCCUUUUGGAACAAAAGAGGGUUGCUACCAUGAUAAGUCUUUUCUCAUCACUUGUAAUAAGACCAAGAGUGGUACUUCAAAACCAUUUCUGCGCCGUGGCAAUAUACCUGUCCUCAACAUAUCAUUGGAUGGUGAACUGCGAGUCUCAAGCCCCAUAGCUCAUGCCUGCUACAAUGACUCAGGCAUUCUUGUCAACGAAACAGAUGUCGGGCUCAACUUAACAAAGUUUGCCGUCUCAUCUACGAAGAACAAGUUCAUAGCUGUCGGUUGUGACGUUGUGUCGCUUAUUCAAGGUUCGAGGGGAACGGACUACGGAACUGGAUGCUUAUCACUCUGUCGCAGUGUUGACAGCGUGAAAAAUGGAUCUUGCGCUGGCAUAGGCUGUUGCCAGACUCCUAUCCCAACAGGUGUAACAGAUUUUACUGUGGCUCUUGCAAGCCUUGGCAACCACUCCACCAUACUUGGCUUCAAUCCAUGUAAUUUCGGUUUUGUAGUGGAAGAAAAUAUGUACAACUUUUCCUCUUCAGAUCUUAAAAAUUUCAUGAAUAAGACUGUUCCAGUGGUGCUUGAUUGGGCAGUUGGAAAUGAGACAUGCGAAGACGCUGAGAGGAAUUCAACUAGCUAUGCAUGUAUUGCAAAAAACAGUACAUGUUAUGCAUCCAACAAUGGUGGUGGGUAUCGUUGCAAUUGCUCCCCUGGCUUUGAAGGGAACCCAUACCUCGUUGAUGGUUGCAAAGAUAUUAAUGAGUGCCAAAAUCCAAACCCCUGCUACAAAGAGUUAUGCCAUAACUUUGAUGGGGGUUUCAAUUGCUAUUGUCCUAAGGGAUACGAAGGUGAUGGGAUGAAAAACGGAACAAGUUGCAAGCUUUUAGUCAGCCAAUCCAAGAUUACCAUUAUUGCACUAUGUAUCAGUGUUGGCCUUUUAGUAUUGUUUGUGGGAAGUUCUUGGAUAUAUUGGGGAUUGAAAAAAAGAAAACUCAUCAAGCUUAGAGAAAAAUUCUUCCAGCAAAAUGGUGGCUUAUUAUUACAACAAAAACUAUCUAAUCACAAAGGGUCUGUCGAGACAAGCAAAAUUUAUAGUGCAGAUGAGAUCAAAAAAGCUACCAACAACUAUGAUGAAAGUAGAGUCCUUGGUCAAGGAGGCUAUGGAAUAGUUUAUAAAGGAAUAUUACCAGAUAACAAAGUGAUUGCUAUUAAGAAGUCCAAAAUUGGUAAUCAGAUCCAGAUUGAGCAAUUCGUAAAUGAAAUAAAUGUGCUUACCCAAAUUAACCAUAGGAAUGUGGUUAAGCUAUUAGGUUGUUGUCUAGAAACAGAAGUGCCCUUACUAGUUUAUGAAUUCAUCACAAAAGGGACUCUUUCUGAUCAUAUUCAUGAUAAAAGCCUAUCAUCCUUACUUUCUUGGGAAAAACGCUUGAAGAUUGCUGCAGAAACUGCAGGAGCACUUGCAUACUUGCAUUCUGCAACUUCUGUGCCAAUUAUACAUAGAGAUGUCAAAGCUGCAAAUAUACUAUUAGAUGAUAAUUUCACAGCAAAAGUGUCUGACUUCGGAGCUUCCAGGCUAGUUCCUAUUGAUCAAACGCAAUUAAACACUUUGGUGCAAGGAACUUUUGGAUACUUAGACCCAGAAUAUUUUCAUACUAGCCAAUUAACAGAAAAAAGUGAUGUAUAUAGUUUUGGUGUUGUUUUGGCAGAGCUUCUGACUGGUAAGAUGGCACUUUCGUUUGAUAGGCCUGAAAUUGACAGAAAUCUAGCAAUGUACUUUGUUUCUGCUGUGAAAGAUGAUCGCCUAGUUCAAAUUCUUGAAGACAACAAUGUUAAUGAGGGUAAUAUUGAGGAACUAAAGGAAGUUGCUAAUCUUGCAAAAAGGUGCUUGAAGGUGACAAGCGAGGAUAGGCCUUCUAUGAAGGAAGUGGCAAUGGAAUUGGAGGGGUUUGUUAUCAUGGAAAAACAUCCUUGGAGAAAUACUAGUGUCUAUACAGAGGAAACUGAGUUCUUGCUCAGUGCGCCUACUCAAUCAUUUAGUGUUGAUGUUGGUCCAAGUAGUGCAUCUAGUACAGGUAUUGGGUACGAUAGCAUGAGAAACGAAGUAUUGAAACCGCUGGAUGAUGGGAGAUAGUUAGGUAAUCCAUGGUAAUAUUCUUGAGUCGAUUUAGCCUAAAUUAUUUAUGUAUGUAUUAUGCAAUUGAACUUAUGUAUUACCCUUUGUUCAGGCUGAUUUGGCCGUGUUUUGAUUUUAAUUAAUAAAAGUCUUCUUUCUCAAAAA